CGGUCGACUGCAGCAGUUCACACCAAUUGCAGCAGUGAGGACCACAUUGUGCACAAUUGUAGUAGCUCGAUCGAUGCUGAGCAUAAAACUAACUUCGAAUAAUGGAGCUGAGCAAUGUUGCAAUUGGGGAUGGGGAUGGAGCUGCAUUCGAAGCAGCCAAGUCAAAUGAUUUUAACGGUAGGCCAACGCCCGUGGGCGGUGCACCCAGUGAAAACCCAGCACCGCCACGCGUUGAAAGAUCCAAGCCCCAGUUGCUGUAUGCCAUCAAUGAGAAUCCUGUGUGGUACCUGAGCAUAUUCCUCGCCUUCCAACAUUAUCUGACCAUGAUUGGCGCGAUUGUAUCGAUACCAUUUAUACUCACACCGGCACUCUGCAUGUCCGACGAGGAUCCCAAUCGCGGCAUUAUUAUAUCCACAAUGAUCUUUGUGACCGGCAUUGUGACAUACUUCCAAGCAACAUGGGGCGUGCGCUUGCCCAUAGUCCAGGGUGGAACAAUAUCCUUUCUAGUGCCGACAUUGGCCAUACUCGCGUUGCCUCAGUGGAAAUGCCCGCCUGCAGCCGAGCUCGAGGCUAUGAAUGAGGACCACCGCAAUGAACUCUGGCAGAUACGGAUGCGCGAGCUGUCCGGGGCGAUUGCCGUGUCGGCAAUGGUGCAGGUCAUCCUGGGCUAUACGGGACUAGUUGGCAAGAUCUUAAAGUAUGUAACGCCGCUGACCAUUGUGCCAACAGUUUCCUUGGUCGGCCUAACACUCUUCGAGCACGCUGCAGAAACGGCGUCCAAGCACUGGGGCAUUGCUGUGGGAACCACAGGCAUGUUGACGCUGUUCUCGCAAAUCAUGUGCGAUGUUUCUAUUCCAAUCGUUGCCUACCGAAAGGGCCACGGGUUGGAGGUGCGCAAGUUUCAGCUCUUCCGUCUGUUCCCCGUACUGCUGACCAUCAUUAUUAUGUGGGGUCUGUGCGGCAUUCUAACAGCGACAGAUGUUUUUCCGCCGUCGCAUCCAUCACGCACAGAUGUACGUCUAAAUGUGUUAACCAGUGCCAAGUGGUUUUACGUGCCGUAUCCGGGCCAGUUCGGAUGGCCUUCAGUUACGUUGUCUGGCGUGCUUGGUAUGCUGGCGGGCGUGCUCGCUUGCACAGUGGAAUCGUUAAGCUAUUAUCCCACAGUUUCCCAAAUGGCCGGCGCCCAAGCACCCCCGCUGCACGCGAUUAAUCGGGGCAUCGGCACAGAGGGUCUGGGCACGGUUUUGGCCGGUCUCUGGGGCGCUGGAAAUGGCACAAACACUUUCGGCGAGAAUGUGGGCGCUAUAGGUGUGACCAAGAUAGGCUCUCGACGUGUCAUUCAGUGGGCCGCUUUCAUAAUGGUGCUGCAGGGCAUUAUAGGAAAAUUCGGCGCGAUAUUUAUUCUCAUCCCCGACUCGGUGGUGGGAGGAAUAUUUUGUGUCAUGUUCGGCAUGAUCAUAGCAUUCGGUCUAUCCACACUGCAGUAUGUGGACUUGCGCUCUGCGAGAAACCUAUAUAUUCUCGGUCUGUCGAUAUUUUUCCCCAUGGUCUUGUGUCCCUGGAUGCAACAACAUCCGGGCGCCAUCAACACGGGCAAUGAGACCAUCGACUCCACGUUGUCUGUGCUGCUGGGCACGACUAUUUUGGUGGGCGGCCUGCUUGGCUGCCUUCUGGAUAAUAUAAUUCCAGGCACACCAGCUGAACGUGGGCUCAUCGAGUGGGCCAAUGAGAUGCCCCUGGGAGACGACAAUGUCAACGACGGCACUGCCACCGAUUACAAUUUUCCCUAUGGCAUGGAUGCCAUAAGGAAAUGGAAAUGGACCUACUAUGUACCUUUCAUGCCCACCUACAAGUUGAAAAAACAGAACUGAGUGAUGCUGGAAAAUACACUCAACGCAGGACGGCUAGAUUAAAGAAAGCGCUGUACUUAAACAAUUGUGUUUAUACGUGAUGUUUAUUGAUUUUGUUUAAAAUUUUUAUGUUUGCACUA